AAUUCGCGUCCCCGGCGGGUAUGUGCUGUGCGCGACCGUGCGAGAUCGUGGCCUGUACGGAGCCUUGUGUAGUGCUGGAGGGAGUGCAGGAGAGUGCUGUACCCGGGUGUCAUGGAUUUGAGUCAGAGGCGAAGAGAGCCCACAUCAUGGCUGGUGUAUCCUCCUUCCAGGAUCCAAAAACUACUGGAGACGUCGAGAUCUCAGAUAUCGCGACCAUCUGUCAUCACUUUGUCGGGCCGGGCUGACGUCACAAGCUUCUUCAACACACAGAUGGUAUUCGACCUAAAGGGUGAGUUCCAUAGAAGCAGUCAAAAUACUGAAGAAGAGUCGGGCGAACUCAUCAAAUCGCCAUCUCCACCACCAAGUCACGAUGGUUCUGCUAGCGGCGAAGGUGAAAUCAGCGGAGACGAGCGGCCCCCGUCCCCGCCGCGCGCCCCUUCCGCCCCCCUGCCUCACCCCGCGCACCCCGCGCACCCCGCACACCCGGGACCCCCACAUUCAGCUGCAAGCGCUGCUGCUGCAGUUCUUUUCCCUAUGAUGCAGAGCGCGGCCGGCGCGGGCGGCGCCCUCGCGCAGCUGCAACACCUGCUGCUGACCCAGCACGGAGCCCACUCGCUGCUGCUGCACACCCAGGUGCAACAGGCGGUGGCACAAGCAGCCGCCCAACAGCUGCAACAGCUGCAGGCACGGGCCAGCGUCGUGCCGCAGCCCACCACAGAGGGAAGAUCUCCGUCUCCCCGGCGCACGCCCCCCGGCGCCGGUGCCUUCCUGACCCCCCACACGCCGGGCUCGGGUCGCGCGCGCUCGCCGCACACGCACACGCCACUGCACGCGCACGCACACAAGCCGCGCGCCCUGGAGCCCGCCGUCGACGACACCGCCGACCUCGAGGAGUUGGAGCACUUUGCUAAGACUUUCAAACAGCGCCGCAUUAAAUUAGGAUUCACACAGGGCGACGUUGGCUUGGCCAUGGGCAAACUGUACGGCAACGACUUCUCGCAGACCACGAUCUCGCGGUUCGAAGCUCUGAAUUUGAGCUUCAAGAACAUGUGCAAGCUAAAGCCGUUGCUGCAAAAGUGGCUGGAGGAUGCCGACUCGUCGUUAGCGGGGGGAGGCGGGGUGGCGGGCGCCGGGGCGGGGCUCGGCGCGGGGCUCGCGGAGGCGGUCGGCCGGCGCCGCAAGAAGCGCACCUCCAUCGAGUCCGGGGUCCGCGUCGCGCUCGAGAAGGCUUUCCUGCACAAUCCGAAGCCCACCAGCGAGGAGAUCGCCGCCCUCGCCGACUCGCUCUGCAUGGAGAAGGAAGUGGUGCGAGUCUGGUUCUGUAACCGGCGACAAAAGGAGAAACGCAUCAACCCCCCGACGGGUGAGGGCGGUGCGGGGCUGCUGCCGGCGCUGGCGCACGCGCACUCGCACGCACUGCACGCGCACGCGCACGCGCAGGCCCACGCGCACGCACACGCGCACGCUUUGCAGCCGCUGGCGCUGCUGGGCCGGGCGCUCCCCGCACCGCGCGACUGACGCGCGUCUCCCCCCGCAGCGCCCUCACAUAUCUUCCUGUAAAUAGGACCGACUGUGGUGUACAUACGGGCGCGUCCCUCGGCGACGCGUCCCCCCCUGGCUGUACGUCGCUCGCUCGGGGACCGCGCUCGCCGGUCGUCGCUCGGUGCUAGUGUUCCGCCGUCGCGGCGUCGUGACAGUUGAGGAGGAGGUACGUGGAGAGUAUCUACGAGAGUGCAGUGACGGUUAGGAGACUAGACGUAUGUAACGUUGGAAGCGUAGAACUGUGACCGCCGUCUCCGAGCUAGUGCGAGCUAGUUUUAGCGGUAGGAGUAUAAUAUUAUUAGUAUUAAUGUGAAGUUUUAUUUAUGAACGGUCGCGGCCCGCGUAGAGUCCGGCCGGUGUACAGAGCUCAUAUCAGUAAGCGCUCGAUUAUGUACGGUGGAUGUGUAGAAAACUAUCUGUAUGUUAUAUUAAAACAAUAGAGACUA